AUGAAGUCCCUGGGCGUCGGCGAAGUGGUCGAGUCGACAUCAUCCGCGUUCAAGCCCGGAGAUCAUAUCUCGGGGGUGAUGGGGUGGGCUGAGUACGCGGUGCUUGGUGAGCAGGAUUUUAUAGUCCCUGUGAAGCCGCUGCCGAAUGGGCUGGACGAGACGCAUUAUCUGGGCGCGUUUGGCCUGACUGGGCUGACGGCUUAUUUUGGGUUGGUCAAAAUCGCGGAAAUCAAGGAGGGCGAAGGGGUUCUUGUUUCUGGGGCCGCGGGGGCGACAGGGAGUAUGGUUGUGCAGCUUGCGAAGGUGUUUGGUUGUAAGUAUGUGGUUGGGAUUGCGGGCACGGAGGAGAAAUGUCGGUGGGUUGAAUCUUUGGGUGCUGAUCGAUGUGUCAAUUACAAAUCGCCAUCAUUUGUGCAAGACCUUCAGGAUGUAACGAGGGGCCGUAUCGAUGUCUACUUCGAUAAUGUCGGCGGUGCAGUCUUGGACGAAGCCCUGGGGAUACUCAAUAUCCAUGGCCGAGUUGUCGCUUGCGGGUUCAUCGCUGGUUAUAAUGGUGAUAAUGGUCCGCCGUUGCGCAACUGGUGGAAUGUCGUCUGCAUGAAGCUUCGAUUCGAGGGGUUUGUUGUCUUAAAGUAUUACAAUGAGGCGGACAAGGCGAUCGAGGUUAUAGCGAAAGCAGUUGUUGAAGGGAAAGUGCAGCUGGAGGAAAAGAGCGAGACGAUAAUCAAAGGAGGGUUAGAGGAUGUGCCGAAAGUCUGGAUGAGACUUUUCGAGGGAGCUAAUACUGGCAAACUGGUGACGACGCUUCAAUAA